AGCCUCGCAUCCGAGGAUCUGGGGAGCAUGCUGGAGUCCAUCAAAGUGGAGAGGGCCAAAUAUUCACUGAUGUGCUUUCAGUUCCCUGUUGGACGUAUCCACAGUCAGCUGAAGCAGAGGACUCAGGCAAAUGGUCAUGUUGGUGCCACCAUAGCCGUCUACUCAGCUGCCAUCCUGUUGUACUUGACUGCCAAGGUUCUGGAGCUGGCUGGGAAUGCUAGCAAGGAUCUGAAGGUGAAGCGUAUCACCCCUCGCCAUUUGCAGCUAGCCAUUCGUGGAGACAAGGAGCUGGACACCCUCAUGAAGGGCACCAUCGCAGGCGGAGGUGUCAUACCGCACAUUCACAAGUCCCUAAUCAACAAGUCAUCCAAGGAGUGA